CUCUGUCGCGCGCGCGGGGGUGCGCGCGCGCGCGCGCGCGUGUGUGGAUGAGAACAGAAGUUGUUUGGUUCUCCUGGUGCACUAGUGAGAGGAACUCUCGGAGGUCAGCAUGAUGUCCUAUAUGAAGCAGUCACAGUUCGGUUUAACGCUGCCGGCUCCCGGUAUGGAGCUCCUGCACACCGCCGCCUCCUUCCCCGCAACCCCGAGAAAGCAGCGUAGAGAGCGUACCACCUUCACCCGGACUCAGCUGGACAUUUUAGAAGCAUUGUUCACAAAGACGCGCUACCCAGACAUCUUCAUGAGGGAGGAGGUGGCACUCAAAAUCAACCUGCCUGAGUCCAGAGUACAGGUCUGGUUCAAGAACCGACGCGCCAAAUGCCGUCAACAGCAGCAACAGCAGUCUAGCGGCCAGCCCAAGCCUCGCCCUCCGAAGAAAAAGGCCACUCCUCCUCCACCCGAGAUGCCCUCUGAUCCCUCCAACAUCUCAGUGGUCUCACCUCCUCCUCUUCCUCCUCCAACCCUAGGGUCCGCCCCUGUGUCCGUUUGGAGCCCUGCCUCUCUGUCACCUCUCCCUGACCCUAUGUGUGGUUCAGGUACCGCGUGCAUGCAGCGUCCAUAUACCAUGAGCUACGGGCCAGUGUCAUCCUCCUACGGCACAGGCUUUGGCUCGUCGCCGUACUUCGACUGUGGCCCCUACUUGUCGCCUGUUACCUCUCAGGGAGCUCUCUCGCCCCUUGCUGUGUCCUCUGUAGGCACGUCACUCAGCCAGUCACCCUCGCUUGCCUCGCAGGGCUACGGCGUCUCCGCCUCGCUCGGCUUCGACUGCCUCGACUACAAGGACCAGCAGGCCUGGAAGCUCGGCUUCAGCACUAUCGACUGCCUCGAUCACAAGUUCCAGGUGCUGUAAUGAGUGGGAAACGGGAAGGAAGAGGAAAAGAAAGGGAAGGCGGGAACAUGAGGGAAGAGGAUACAAGCUGCCGUUGCUGAGAAUUUGUCGUCGGGAGAGUUUUGGGGACUGAUUCGAGGCGCCAUCCAUUUUUUAAAAAGAUGGCAGCUGCUUUUCAGUGAUUGGUUGACAUUCUUGAGCAAUCGUCAUGAUUAAAAACUUACCUCACAUACAUUCACAAAUUUAUAUCUACACACACACACACACACACACGAUCAGAGAGCCGGGUCUUAGUGGAGUCUCUGCCCAGCCGUGUUUCUGUCUUUCUAUUUUCUUUCUACUCGUUUUAUUUCCUCUUCUAGGAUACUAUAUAAAUGAUUGUGUUGUUCUUUUAGAUUGCUAAUAUUUAUCACCUGUUAAAUUAUAAAAAAAAAGAACAUUCAGUGUACUUCUAUGUAGUGGUCAUUAAAACUGAUU